AUGGUCACUUUUGUUCACAGAUUGAUCUUAACAUGCACAUUUUUCACUGCACUAUUGUGCUGUUGGAGCUCAGAGCAAGGGAAUGAGACAGAUAGGCUAGCACUGCUGGCCAUCAGAGCUCAAAUAAAGCAGGACCCUCACAGGGUCAUAAGCUCAUGGAAUGAUUCCGUUCACUUCUGCCAAUGGCACGGAGUCGCCUGCAGUCCACAACAGCACCAGAGGCUCAUUGUGUUAGACCUAAAGUCUCAAAAUUUAGUUGGGUCCCUACCCCCACAGAUAGGGAACCUAAGCUUCCUGAGGGCACUUCACCUCCAAAACAAUAGCUUCAGUGACGAAAUCCCUCCAGAAAUUGGCCGUUUGCGCAGAUUGCAGGUACUGCGUCUAGACAAUAACUUGCUUACUGGCCCUAUUCCUGUCAAUGUAUCUAGUUGCUUCAACCUCAUUAAUCUCAAUGUUGGUUACAACAACCUGGUGGGAAAAAUUCCACCAGAAAUUUCCACCUUAUCUAAGCUUCAAUUACUUGUGUUGCAAGUGAACGAUUUAACUGGAGAAAUCCCUCCUUCGUUUGCCAACCUCUUGUCUUUAAAGAUAUUUCGUUUGAAUGAUAAUAACUUAGAAGGAAGCAUCCCUAGUUCUCUAGGCCAAUUGAGAAAUUUAACUUAUAUCUCAUUGGCUUCAUGUGCAUUAUCUGGUGUUGUUCCUCCAUCUAUUUAUAACCUCUCUGCUCUCGUUGGGUUUGACUUAUCCCGAAACCAACUUCAAGGGAGUAUUUCCUCAUACUUGGGCAACACUCUUCCUAAUCUCCAGUACUUUUACAUCAAUGGGAACAAAUUUACUGGUUCCAUUCCUCUCUCGAUAUCCAAUGUCAAAAAUCUAGCGGAAUUCGAUGUUUCAGAGAAUGAACUCAUUGGACAGGUGCCAAAUUUGCAGAACUUCGUUAACUUAGAAUCAUUGGGUAUGGGGAACAACCACUUCACAGGUAACAUCCCAACCGACAUUGGGAAACUCUCAAAGCUUAGGCGAUUAGGUCUUCAAAACAAUCAUUUAUCAGGGAGCAUCCCAUCCUCUCUAGGAAAUUUGAAAAUGUUAACAAUACUCUUAUUGCAAGGAAAUAAUCUUGAGGGCAGCAUCCCUUCAAGCUUAGGAGAAUGUCACAGGCUCCUACUUUUGAAUCUAUCUCAAAAUAACCUUGGUGGCACAAUACCUCAACAAAUUAUUGGCCUCCCCUCCUUGUCAGUUUCUUUGGACUUGUCAAGAAACCACUUUGUUGGUCCCUUUCCAUUGGAGGAUGGAAACUUGAAGAAUCUAAGUGAAUUGGAUGUCUCCGAUAACAUGUUAUCCGGAGAACUUUCUGGUAGUCUUGGCAGUUGUCUGAGUCUCAAAGUCCUACACUUGCAAGGCAAUUUAUUCAAGGGACAGAUUCCUUCUUCUUUUAUCUCAUUGGAACGGAUUCAAGAUUUUGAUGUUUCUCGCAACAAUUUGUGGGGUGAAAUUCCGAGUUUUCUAGAGGGCUUUUUCUUCUUGAAGAAGCUAAACCUGUCUUUCAAUGAGUUUCAUGGGGCAGUGCCAGUUGAAGGUGUUUUUGAACAUCUAAGUGUGACUUCAAUUAUUGGUAACACCAAGCUAUGUGGCGGCAUUGCUGAUCUUCAGCUGCCCGAGUGCAACGCUAAGGGUGGUGGAGGAUUGUCUCAUAGUUUGAUACUAAUAAUUUCAAUGUCCGGGGUUAUAGGUAUAGCUAUGGUUUUGUCUCUUGUAUUUCUUCUUCCCUCAAGAAAGAAGAAAAGAAAAGAAAUGGAAAUGCCAACAAUGUCAAACUCUCUUUUGAAAUUGUCAUUUUCCGCUCUCCUAAAAGCUACAGAUGGGUUCGCUUCAGCAAAUUUGAUUGGUGUUGGUAGUUUUGGGUCUGUGUACAAAGGUGUACUUCUUGACGAUGAUAGAGAACAGAUUGUUGCUGUUAAGGUGCUUAACAUGUUACGCCGGGGAGCUUCCAAGAGCUUCAUAGCCGAAUGUGAGGCCUUGAGAAAUAUCCGGCAUCGAAACCUCGUCAAGAUCAUAACUACAUGUUCGAGUGUUGAUUUUCGCGGCAAUGAUUUCAAGGCUCUGGUGUAUGAGUUCAUGAACAACGGGAGCUUAGAGGAGUGGUUACAUCCAACUACUCAAACAGAGGAGGUACGAGAAGCCCCCAAAAGUUUAAGUAUUCUUCAGAGGCUAGACAUAGCCAUCGAUGUUGCUUCUGCACUGGAUUAUCUUCACAAUCAUUGUGGAACACCGAUAGUUCACUGUGAUCUCAAGCCAAGCAACGUUCUUUUGGACAACGAAUUGACUGCACACGUUUCUGACUUUGGACUUGCAAGAUUUCUCUCUAAAGUAACCAGUAACGUUUCUGGAAAUCAAGUAAGUUCCAUCGGAAUAAAAGGAUCGGUUGGGUAUGCAGCUCCAGAGUAUGGUAUGGGAAGUAAGGUGACGACGUAUGGGGAUGUCUAUAGCUUCGGCAUUCUCUUGUUAGAGAUGUUUACACGCAAGAGACCCACUGAUUACAUGUUUAGUGACAGCUUGAACCUUCAUAAUUUUGUGAAGGCGGCACUCCCGGAUGAAGUUACAGAAAUUGCAGAUUCACUACUUCUUCAAGGAGAGAACAUCGGAAGGAGCCCGAAUGACACUCAGAAGAUGCUGGAGUGCCUGCAUUUCAUCUUUCAAAUUGGAAUAGCAUGUUCCAUCGAGUCCCCAAGAGACCGAAAGGGUAUCAGUGAUGUUGUAUCUGAAUUGCAGUCCAUAAGGGGCAUUCUUCUUAAGUAGAAACUUUUUCUGUUCUCUUGUAAUAGUUUUAGAGUCUCUAUAUCCCGUUAGACGAUAAAGCAUUCUAACUCGAUGUUUCGUUAUCUUGUCA